AUGUCGGAACAACAAGUCAAGAGAAGAAGAGUCACUAGGGCAUGUGACGAAUGUAGGAAGAAAAAAGUUAAAUGUGAUGGUCAACAGCCGUGUAUACAUUGCACAGUUUAUGCUUAUGAAUGUACAUAUAAUCAACCGAGUAAAAGAAGCAAUAAUGGUUCAACUACAACCGCUAUUAAUAAUAGUAGUAGUAGUAAUAAUAGUAACAAUAAUAUUAGUUUAAAUCAAAAAAUGAUGAAUACUUCAGCCGCAGUACAAAGUGGGAAUAAUUCUACGAUACAGUUAAAGAUGGAAAAUGAUCCUUCAAAAAAAUCAGGAAUGAUGAAAACUUUAGAGAAUAUGAAUAGUGGUAAUAAUAGUAAUAUUAGUCCACAAGAAAUGGCAAAUAUGAAUAUUACUCCAACUGAGCAUCUUAAUGCAAAUAAUAAUGGACAUGGUAAUAAUGGUGGUAUCAAUGUUUUCUCAGUGAUUCCAAAUAAUCCAGCAUCUAUGAUAAGUACUAUGAAUUCAUCCGGUUCAACAACAACAAAGAAGGCAGGUACAAAAGUCGCAAAAUUGCAAAAUGAAUUGAUUAAAUACCAACAGCUAUUAAGUAUUCUGAUACCGAAUUUGCCUCCUAUAGAAACUUUGGAUAUUCCAACUUUCUUACAGAUAGUACAAAAUUUUAAAGGACAUACAACGAAUUAUUUAGAAGAUGCUGUAAAAGAAUAUCAUCUCAUAUCGAGAGAUUCUGUCUCACCAGUUAGUCGUUUAUCUUCAAGAAUUACUAGUCCGGAUGCUAUUUCUAGAAAUAUUAAUGGUUCAUCGGCAAACUCGGUAGAUUCAAAUUCGGAAUCUGUUGAUGUUGCUUUAUCUAAUACACCCAAUAUUGGUAGAGAAAUUAAAAUUAUGUUACCUCCUAAAAAUAUUGCAUUACAUUUUGUGGAAAAUACUUGGAAAUAUUGCUGUGUCUUGUUGAGAUUUUACCAUCGUCCUCUUUUUAUUCAACAAUUGAAUGAAUUAUAUGAAACUGAUCCUAGUAACUAUACACAGAAACAAAUUAAUUUUUUACCGCUCUGUUAUUCGAUAAUGGCCGUUGGUGCCUUAUUUUCCAAAUCUUUAUCUGGUGCUAGUGCAGGAAGUUCACCAAACAAAGAUGUUCGUGAUCAAGAUGAAACUGAAAGAAAAUUAUUGCAAGAUGAAGGGUAUAAGUAUUUUAUUGCAGCACGAAAAUUAAUAGAUAUUACUAAUACUAGAGACUUAAACUCUAUUCAAACUGUGGUCAUGUUAUUUAUCUUUUUACAAUGUUCAGCAAGAUUAUCUACAUGUUAUGCUUAUAUUGGUGUUGCAAUGAGAAGUGUUCUUAGAGAAGGUUAUCAUAGAUUAACACCUGCUAACUCUGGUUUAAAUCCUAUUGAAAUUGAAGUACGCAAAAGAUUAUUCUAUACAAUUUACAAAUUGGAUAUCUAUGUUAAUGCAAUGUUAGGUUUACCUAGAUCAAUAUCUGUCGAUGAUUUCGAUCAAACAUUGCCAGUAGAACUUUCAGAUGAAAAUAUUACUCCAGAUGCAUACCUAACCGAGAACCAACAUUCGGUAUUGUCAAGUGUUGCUAUUUCUAAUCACCAUACAAAAUUAAUUAUGAUAUUAAGUGAAAUUGUAGCCGAAUUAUACCCUGUUAAGAGAACCAGUAAUAUUAUAUCACAUGAGACUGUCACUAACUUGGAAUUGAAAUUGAAACUUUGGGUGGAUCAGUUACCAAAGGAAAUGAAACCAAACGCUACUGGAUUAGAACAAAGAUUUGAAAGGGCGAAUAAAUUAUUACAUUUAUCAUUUUUACAUGUUCAAAUUAUACUUUAUAGGCCUUUUAUUCAUUAUAUUUCCCACAAGUAUGCAGCCUCAGUACCAGAUCCUCUCUCUUUACAACGUGCCAGAAAUUGUAUAAGUGUCUCCAGAGCAGUGGUUAAACUGGGUCAGGAUAUGUUAGAUAAAUCACUUAUUGCAGGUUCUUACUGGUAUGCUAAUUAUACUAUUUUCUAUUCAGUAGCGGGUCUACUGUUUUACACUCAUGAAGCAGAACCGUGUGAUAAAGAAUCCGCGCGUGAAUAUUAUGAUACAUUGAAAGAUGCGGAGAUUGGAAGAAACCUAUUGUUAAGAUUGAAGGACACGAGUAUGGCAGCCAAUAGAACAUACAAUAUCUUAAACAAAUUAUUCGAAAAAUUGAAUACUAGAACAAUUCAACUACUUUAUCCUUGGGAUAAUAAUAAGACAACUACACCUUAUUCGACUAACAGUGGUAAUUAUUCUAACAACGUGUCACCAGAAAGUAGCUCUUUUGGUAAAGAGGUUAAAAACGAAAAUGAUGCAAUGGAAAAUUCACUUCAAUUCCCAGUGAACGAUGAUUCAAAGGCAGAGAUGGAUCUAGAAAAUUUCAUAAAAACUCUCCCUCAAUCCGACCAGCAAACUUUCAGUACCGAUAAUUCCAGGAUGUUUAAUAACGAACAAGGAAACACUAUGUUUAACUAUAAUUCUAACAACAGCGAAUUAUUGGAGACACAGCCGAUGAAUAAUGGUGACUUCAAAAAUAUCCAAAACAUACAAUCAACCGCAAAUCCAGAAACUUUAUCAACUUUAUCGUCAGAUGGAUCCAGUAUAAAACCUAGAUCUGAAAUUAAUGAUGAUAUGAAUGUUUUGAACGUCUUCGAUCAGCUAGAUGCACAACUAUUUGGUAAGUAUGUUCCAGAUACAAAUAUGGAUACACUGAACUAG